UUUCUUUUGUAUCUUUUCAGUAAGCUCCACCGUGAUACACUGUUUGAGUGCUGCAGUGCUGUACUGCAAGGAGCCAAGGACAAGAAAAGGAAGUUUACGGAAACUGUUGAGCUGCAGAUCAGCUUAAAGAAUUAUGAUCCUCAGAAGGAUAAGCGUUUCAGUGGAACUGUAAAGCUCAAGCAUAUUCCACGACCCAAACUUAAGGUUUGUAUUCUGGGUGAUGCAUCUCACUGUGACGAGGCCAAGGCAAAUGACAUCCCUUGCAUGGAUGUUGAAGCUUUAAAGAAGCUAAACAAGAACAAGAAACUGGUCAAGAAGCUUGGUGAGUAAAAAGAGUUUCAAGAGUUUUUUUGUACAGACAGGUAUUGGAAACCUCCAAAAGUCCUGCAAUAUUAUUAUAUUCUGUCAUUUUUAGUCACUGUUGUUAACUGGUCAUAUUUAAUAAUUUACAUGUAUCCACUGGGAUGCAUGUACAUUUGUAGAAGGUCAUCGGCACUUGAAACAGGGUGGUCAUUACAUGAUGAAAUAUAUUAUUCAUCUUGGUAUCUGGAUUAUAGGCUUAUUUGUAUGUUUUUAAUAAUUUUUUAUCUCAGGUAAUAUUUAUUUGUUUCAACUUCAUUAGCAUUCUUUACCAUUCCCAAAAAAGAAAGAAAAACAAAAAUACUUGAGAUAAAAAAUUAACUACAACAUAAUUCUAUGCAACAUCACUCCUGGGAGCCCUGUGGCCCAACAUGUCAACACCAAGCAGCAAAGGCUUUCUAAUGUCCAAAUGCAUGGUGUGGCUGUAUGCAGUGGAACCAACAUCCAACAGAAGCAACAUGAAAUGAGAAUGAUUUCCCUCCUAGGAACCAUUCAGCCAAAAGGACUAAAUAUCAAUUUCAGCUUCAUUUUGAACUCUGACUUACAUCUUGCCCAUAGUACUUUUUACAUGCUCAUGCACUUCAUUUUAUGUCUAAUGACAAUUACGCAGUGCAACAGUUUUCUCAACACUGAAGAGGGGUUAUACAGUCAACUUCCUCUUAACAGACACUUCUAUAAGACGGACACCUCGCAAAAACGGACACCCAGAGUUGGUCCCUGCCUUUCUUUAGUUGACUCUUUAUAAGAUGGACAUCUCUGUUAAACGGACACCUAGGGUUGGUCCCAAAGGUGUACACUGUACACUGAAACAUCUGUUUCGUUUCCUUAGUUAUUUAUUGUUUGCUUCAUGACACUUUUUUAUUCCAUUGCUUGGUGCAUUCUGACCAUGCAAUGCUUCAGAUCACAGGGUCCAGUUAAUGAAGUUGUAAGUGCAAAAGAAAAGAGGUUUUUUUGUUGUCACUGCGCGGUAGUUGUGUGAUGGAUUUUUGCUGUAUUACCUUUUUUAACAGUAGUUUGGUAUGGAGAAAUUUUAUUGCAUUACUUUAAGUAAUUUUCUCUCUUUUUCUAGCCAAGAAAUACGAUGCUUUCCUGGCUUCAGACAGUCUAAUCAGGCAGAUUCCCCGUAUUCUUGGUCCUGGUCUGAACAAGGCUGGCAAGUUUCCCACAGCACUGACGCACAAUGACAACAUGGUGCAGAAGGUGGAGGAAGUGCGCUCAACAAUAAAGUUUCAGAUGAAGAAGGUAGGAUAUUCACCAGAUAUAAGGCACAGUGCUCAAACAACUCAAAUCCUUGUAUUUCGAUAUCACUCUUAAUUUGCGAUAUUAUUUUUUUUUAUGAGGUUUUAGUUCUUAUCGACUCUUUAAGCCCCUAUAUCAACAUGCUUAUUCUCCUUACUAUCUUUCAUACAUUUCUUAUGGUACUGUUUUAAAGAAUUUGCCCAAACAUCAAGACAUUCAUUCAUUCUCAUGUCUGGUUAAGAGUUAUGCUUUCACCAUUUUGUUCCUAAACCAACUUGUGGACAAACUUCUUUGGUGUGUUUUAGUCUCUUUGGCAGAACUCUUGCAUAGUACUUUUUAUUUCCAAGGAUUUUACAAAACGUAGUAAUUUCUGAAUUUCUAAGGACUGAAAGAUCAAUGUACAGUUAAAUAUAAUUAUGUUGCUGAACAUUAAGUCAAAUCUCAUGAUCUGUGUGUGUGACCAGAGUUUUUGUGUGUUACUUUUGAGCACUGGUAAGGCCUUAUUUUCUGGAAGACCAGAUCACUGUUUAUUUAUCUGGUCGGACCUGCACCCAGGGUCUUAAAUAUUUGGGGAGACUGUGACAGUCGACAGAGUUUGCAACAAACCGGGCAGUUAAUUAAAUUGCUCAGUUAUGCAGAUUGUACAUGUACUUCUUUGAUGAGUCAUAUGGUGGGCCCUCCUGUAACAACCUCUUAUAUACAAUGACCAUUUUUUGGAGUUUAAAAUUUGUUCUUAAAGAGUGCAGGGAUGUCGGGUGAUACAGCGUGCAAAGAAAGUAGUGUUCGAUAGCUUGGGGCUAGUGGAUUUUGCUGUUGGGUAGGUGAAUCUUGUUCUUAACUUGCCUCAUAGGCAAGUGAAGUUUUUUGAGAAAUUCUAAUUACAGAAGAACUGUGUAAUCAAUCUUGCUCAUCAAAAAGUUUUUAGGGCUAGUUGAAAAUUUAAUGACUUUUGGCUGGUACAUGCUAGCUACAGCUUGCCCAAAUGGGAAGCUGUAAAACUGAGUUUCUUUGUGCCCUGUGGGGUUUAGGGAGUAGGUAAAUACCUUAAAACAUUUUUGGCUCUUCUUGAUAUAGUGAAAUCCUGAUAAAAUUCAAUGUAAAAGUAAGGCUCAGGGGACAGUUUAUAAAUUUCAAUAUUUUGUAUCCUUUUUUUGUUGUUUGUGUGUUCUCUGCACCGAAAAUCAAUUUUUUCUCUUUGAAUAGUGCUUUUUGGUUGUAAUUUCGAUAAGAUGUUUUGACUCUUUAAUCACCAGGUUCUGUGUCUUGCUGUGGCCAUUGGUCAUGUUGAGAUGUCCCAUGAUGAACUUGUGGCAAAUGUAUAUCUUGCUGUCAACUUCUUGGUGUCCCUGUUGAAGAAGAACUGGCAGAAUGUACGUGCUCUCUACAUCAAGAGCACAAUGGGAAAGCCUCAACGUUUGUAUUGA